GGCCCCGCACGGCCCCGCCAUGGGCUCCCGCCUGUCCCUGGACGGCUCCGUGCGGGUCGUGGUGGUCGGGGGAGGAUUCGGAGGGACGGCGGCCGCCAGCCUGCUCAAGUCCUGGGCUGUCCCCUUCGUGCUGGUGGAUGUGAGAGAUGCUUUCCAUCACAACGUGGCCGCGCUCCGGGCCGCCGUGGAGAGCGGAUUUGCCAAGAAGACUUUCAUCUCCUACUCGGUCACCUUUGGGGACAGCUUCCGACAAGGCAAGGUCGUGGCCAUAGACCCUGGGAGGCAACAAGUUGUGCUCAGUGAUGGUGAGGAGCUUCACUACUCCCAUCUCAUUCUUGCAACAGGCAGUGAUGGGCCAUUCCCUGGGAAGUUCAACCAAGUCAUUGACAUGGAAAGUGCCAUCCAGACCUAUGAAGACAUGGUUAAAGAGAUUGAGAAAUCUCAGCGCAUCCUGGUAGUGGGAGGUGGUGCUGCUGGAGUGGAGAUGGCUGCUGAGAUCAAAACGGAGUACCCGGGCAAAGAGAUCACCCUCAUUCACUCAAAAACUGCUCUGGCUGAUGUGGAGCUGCUGCCCAGUGUCCGUCAGGUGGUGAAAGAGAUUCUCCUCAGGAAAGGAGUCCGGCUUCUGUUAAGUGAAAAGGUCAGCGACAUAGAAAACCUGAGGCCUAACCAGUUCCAGAAAGACAUGGUAGUGAGGACAGAGAAGGGCACCGAGGUGGUUGUUGACAUGGUGGUGCUGUGCACGGGGAUAAAGAUUAACUCUUCUGCAUAUGCUGCUGCAUUUGGUGACAAAAUGGCAAGUGAUGGUGCUUUGAAAGUUAACAAGCACCUCCAGCUGGAAGGCUACGAGAACAUCUAUGCCAUUGGGGACUGUGCAGAUCUCAAAGAGCCCAAGAUGGCCUACCAUGCUGGGCUCCACGCCAACGUCGUGGUGACAAAUAUCAUCAACAGCCUGACACAGAAGCCUCUCAAAACCUACGAGCCAGGGUCACUGACUUUCCUGCUUUCCAUGGGCAGGAAUGAUGGUGUAGGCCAGGUGAAUGGUUACUAUGUGGGACGUCUCCUGGUGACCAUUGCCAAGAGCCGGGAUCUGUUUGUCUCCAAGAGCUGGAGGACGAUGGGGCAGACAAUGCCCUCCUGAGAGGGCACCAGCAACAAUCCAGCAACUGGAAGAGGGUGAGGGUGCACAUCUAUUGCUUGGACUGACUCAUACUGUCCUCUGCAGCACUUCCUCAGGCCAUCUGGCACCAUGACACAUAAAAGGUGUGCCUGCCUUGCUGCGAAGGGGCAGGAGGCACUUCCCAAAUGAGCUGUACAGAAGUUCCCACAAUAAAAAUCAGAGAAGAAAUGUUUCUUUUACUCCCUUGCUGAGAGAGCUCUGAGCAACAAGCUUGGCUUACCUUAAUUUGUAACAAUAAACACUGUGGCAUUCAGAA